UCAUGCUUUGCCAGACCAUAGUCCACGAUUGCUUUCCGCCGUAGGAUUUGUGGUAUUGUGGCUACGUCACUUUUAUACUGACAUGGCGUCGUCGAACAGCAACAUUUCGUACGUUGAUUUCUCGGGACUAGGUUUACAGAUUGAAGACGUAUCACAAGCGGAUCCUAAUCAGGUGCAAAACAUCGUAGAAGAGCUACGUACGGCGUUUACAACAGUCGGCUUUGUCUACCUGAAGAAUUAUGGAAUACCGCCUGAAGAGAUAACGAUGGCCUUGGACGUUUCAAGAAGAUUUUUUACUCUUCCUGAAUCAGUGAAGAGGAAGGUUAAGCGACCAGAUGAUGGAAAUUCUGGCUACGUAUGCAUUGGCCUUGAAAGCUUCAAUAAGGAUCGUCCAUCUGACUUGAGAGAAGCGUAUAAUAUAACACCAUGCGAGCGGAGUGCAAUGAUUAUGCCGGAUGACGAUCUACCAGAGUUUAGAGAAACAAUCAUGGCACUCUACGAUAAUUGCAAGAAGCUCAGCAUGAGAGUCCUUUAUGCAUUAGCCAUGGCACUGAAACUUGAGGACUUGACAUUUUUCGAGAAGAAUCACCAAUACAUUGGAUGUGGACCCAAUCAAACAACACUGAGAACUCUUUACUAUCCACCAAUUAAAAAUGCGGAAGAGGUUAUGCCCAAUCAAGUUCGAUGUGGCGAGCAUUCAGACUAUGGCACGAUUACACUCCUGUGGCAGGACGACUGUGGAGGCUUAGAGGUAAUGAACAGACAUGGUAAUUAUGUCGCCGCUGAACCAAUGAAGGACGCCGUGCUUGUAAACAUUGCCGACCUGCUUCAAUUUUGGACAUCCGACGAACUCAUAUCUGCUAAACAUCGUGUAAUGAUACCCGCGGCGGAACUGCGACAACGGCGUAUUCGCCAGAGUCUAGCAUUUUUUGUUCACCCCGAUGACGACACACUGGUUACGCCACUAAAUGGAUCUAUAAAGCAUGAACCAAUUACAGCACUGCAGCAUCUACUCAACAGAUUUUCCGAAACUUAUUAGUAUAAAAAACAUAGUUAAUUCAUACGAUAGUGACCUUGCCUAACAAAUAUUUGUUUUUAAUAUGAAAUGAGUGAUUCGAAUAUGCUCCACUGAAUACCCGUAUAUUUGUAUCGCUUCAAUGUUCAUCGUUAAAAAACAAAUUUAAACAUGCGUCUAAAUUUUACAUGUGAUUGUCGAAGUGUUUACUAGCGCUGACAUUGAAUGUUAAUUAAUACGGGUAAUAGAAGAUAGAAAAUACUUCAAUAUACGUUUUAUACGUCAAUCACUAUCAGUAGGUACUAAUAAUUAUGUAAUUAACCACGUGCAGAUCUGGUGAUAUGAAAUCGUAACACGCACCAUAACUGGAGGGGAAUUCUUAGCUGUUUCAGUGAUUAGAUACAAUAUUGUAGCUAUGAACAUUAACUUUAUAUCAUGUACACAUUCAGAUUAAUAUGUAAUUGAAAGUAUUGCUCGGAUAGAUAAUUUAGAAUAUAACAUGGCCAAUACAGAACAAUCAUAAAAUUAUUAUAUAGUUCAUUUUCGUUUAUAAUGUAGUCCAACAUUUUGUAGUUUAACGAUGGGCGUUCCAAUAUAUGAUUUUCGUAUCAGUCAUCAAGAUGCACAAUGAAGUGCAAAAAUCUAAUCUUAACAAUGUGUAGUAUUUAUAUAAGUAUUAAACACAUUGGCCAACUGUGGCCAUCGUGAUAAUAAAAAUCAACGUUCAAAAUUAUCAUCUCGUCAA